AUGCUUAGUUGAGAUUGAUAUUUUUGCACUUGUGAAUAAGCAGAAAAAUAGAUGGGAAGUUGAACAGUGUUCUUGGCAUGUAGCAAGCUCAGUGCUGUCAAUUCAACGACACUCAUUUAUUAUGACUUGCCUCGAGUUUUUGUACACUAAUGUUUGUUAAUUGAUUUCAGAUUGGGAACACACGGUGAAGGUUGGUGUCCUGGACUGUGCGGUCGAUGAGAAUGUACCAGUCUGUCGAGAACAUGAAGUCAUGGGCUAUCCAACAAUCAAGUUGUUUGCUGCUCGUGCUAGCAAGAGGAGCAGCUGCAGACGCCUGGUCGGAGGUGCGGGACUACGGCAUCGUGGAGCAUGUUGUUGUUAUUGUUGACACAGCCAAGUCUUACAUCAGCUGGCGUACCAUACUAGACCUGGGAGGAUACUCCACUGUUGCCGUCCGCUACAAGGAAGUAGACAUACUUGACGCCACAGAGUUCUCAUCUGCUGACUUACCCACUGUGAUCUUCGUGGAUAAGGCGCUGAAGGAAGAGGUGGUGAAAGGUGCACCCAACACCCGUGAAGGAUUGAAAGAAAUGAUUGCCAAGAAGCUCGGUCUGAACGUGGGGAUGCUGCCGUACAAGACAGUGUACUCGGGUCGAAGAACUGAUGCUGCAGUAAAGAAGGAAGAUACGGAGGGCGCUGGUGACGGGCAGCCAGAGGAAAUAAAUAGCGAUAAACUUAACUACGAAGACGACUUGCCUGACACUGCCUUUGCCGGCAUAGAGAGAAGUGACCAAGUCUACAUGGUUGAUAUUGAGAAUGCUGUUUCUUAUGCACUAGGGCAUGAAGUCAUACAACAUAAGUUUGUCCGAGGAGAAGCGCUUAAAUCCCUCCAGGAUUUCCUGGAAGUGCUGGUGAAGUACCUCCCAGCUCGACCAGUUGUCCACAAGUUCUUGUCCAAGCUGCAUCAGUACACUGUUGGUCAGAGAAAUGGCAUUGAAGGCAUCAAGUUUGCUGAAGUUAUGAAGUCUCUCCAGGGUCAGGAUUCCAUCUUGCCCACUCAUCAGCCUUGGAUUGGGUGUCUGGGAAGUGAGCCCAGGUACAGAGGUUAUCCUUGUGGUCUAUGGACUACCUUCCAUGUGCUGACAGUUAAUUCAGUUCUUCAAGAUGGCAGUAAAGUGUCAUUUAAUGCCAAGACAAUUCUCCGGGCUAUUCAUGGCUUCGUAAAACACUUUUUCUCGUGUAAAUAUUGUUCGCAGCACUUUCAAGCUAUGUAUGCUGAAGAUGCCGAAUCAUCCGUGAAUGUGGCAGAUGAUGGCAUCCUCUGGUUGUGGCGAGGCCAUAACAAAGUUAACAAGCGCCUUCAUGGUGACGCGAGUGAGGAUCCCAUGCACCCAAAACAACAGUUUCCCUCUGAAGCAGCAUGUGCAGCGUGCUGGCACAAAGGUACUCUAGUCGAACAGGAAGUUCUGCCAUACCUUAAGCGUAUAUACUCUAAGGGGAUGCUCUCCUUCCGAGGUACUCAGAUGAUCUCGCCUCCAGCAAAGAACAAGCAAGCCAGAGUCAUGGAAGAGUUAGAGAAAAACAGAGAGAGGGAAGAGAGAAAGGAGAGCGUGAAGGUGAAUGAGAAGCUUCACAACAUGGCGGAACAGCAGCCACUGCGUCCACUGAGCACCUGGGGCUUCAACAGUACAGACAUCAGCCUGUGCGUCUUCCUCUACGGCAUCUCCACUCUCAUCAUCAUGAGUGUCUAUUGCAUGGUCGUCAUCAGAAGGAAACUCAGGAGGAGAAGAUUCUUAGAGGCGUAUAAACUGCCCAUAUAAGGCACUUUUUUCCCCAAAAGUGUCUUGGAAAACCAUCCUGCACCUAAUAUGCUCUUGCUAGAGUUGUUCCUCUGAACGAAACUACCUGGACUUCUACUCAUUUCUGCAACAUUGCAACUCCUGAAGAUGUGUUGAUUGCAACACAAAAGGCCUAGAGUUAUCAUUUAACUCCCCCUGUGGUUGUUUAGCAUCAAUUACUGCAUUAUUUUUUAUUAUUUUUUUAUUAACACACUGGCCGAUUCCCACCAAGGCAGGGUGGCCCAAAAAAGAAAAACUUUCACCAUCAUUCACUCCAUCACUGUCUUGCCAGAAGGGUGCUUUACACUACAGUUUUUAAACUGCAACAUUAACACCCCUCCUUCAGAGUGCAGGCACUGUACUUCCCAUCUCCAGGACUCAAGUCCGGCCUGCCGGUUUCCCUGAAUCCCUUCAUAAAUGUUACUUUGCUCACACUCCAACAGCACGUCAAGUAUUAAAAACCAUUUGUCUCCAUUCACUCCUAUCAAACACGCUCACGCAUGCCUGCUAGAAGUCCAAGCCCCUCGCACACAAAACCUCCUUUACCCCCUCCCUCCAACCUUACAUACAUGACAUAAAACAAGGCACACCUGCACCCAUAAAAUUUAACCAUGAAAUGAAGUCAGUGAAUCAUUAAAUCAAAAUAUAUGUAGACAAUUCACAAGUUACUCAUUUCUUAUUUAGUAAGAGCACUGCUGGAAAGACAGCAGUUGAAUGAAUGAUGAUGAGUGUGUUUUAUUUUCUCUGGGUCACCUAACCUUGGUGGGAGAUGGUCAAUAUACAGUCAGCUCUCUUAUCAAGCUUUUCUAUUUAUAGUCAGUUUUCUUGUAUAGCUCCUCUAUAUACAAUCAGCUCUUAUAAAGCUCCUCUGUAUAGUCCUAUUUUGUAAAUGCAUUUGAAAUAUAUAGAGGAGCAUUACAUUAUAAGAGAGAUGACUGUAUAUAGAAGAGCUUUAUAGGAGAGCUGACUAUAUAUAGAGAAGCUUAUAUAUGAAUGUAAAGCUGUCUGCUAUAUCAAUCCAGAGAAAAGUUUUGACUUAGUCAAUUCUCUUGUAAAGCUCCUCUAUACAGUGCCAUUUUUUUAUUUUUUUGGUAAAUGCAGUAAGAAAAAGUACAUCAACAAUUAAAUAACACAUAGUAAGACCUCAUAGUACAUGCAUUCAAUUUUUGUUGGCCUUUUUCAGUUAAGAUAAGAUUUUUAACCCCGGAGGGUUAGCCACCCAGGAUAGCCCAAGAAAGUCAGUGUGUCAUCGAGGACUGUCUAACUUAUUUCCAUUGGGGUCCUCAAUCUUGUCCCACAGGAUGCGACCCACACCAGUCGACUAACUCCCAGGUACCUAUUUGCUGCUAGGUGAACAGGACAACAGGUGUAAGGAAACAUGUAGAAAUGUUUCCAGCAGGCCACCGGGCCACCUUGUCGAAUAAUUUUUUUAUCCUGUGAAAAUGUCAAGAAUUCGUGACGGAUCUUGACAUUCAUAAUAUUAAUUAUUUAAAAGAAUUUUAUUUUUAUUUUAUCUCGCUUUUGAUAAAUUUUUAGAAACCAUUGUGUUUACCCAAAGAAAUUUCUUUUAAAUGACCAAAAAGUCCAACUAUUCACAAUUAGUCACAACACGUUUUAAGGAAUUUAAGGUAUACAGUGGACCCCCACAUACCGUACGCAUCGCAUACCGUACAAUCCGCAUACCGGACGCUUUGAUCGCUAAAAUUUUGCCUCGCAUACCGCCCAAAAACCCGCUCACCGCCCUUCGUCCGAGACGCGUCCAAUGUGCGGCCUGAGCCAGCCUCAUAUGUUCCGCCGGUGGCAUUGUUUACCAGCCAGCCUCCGCGGUAACAUCCAAGCAUACAAUCGGAAUAUUUCGUAUUAUUACAGUGUUUUCGGUGCUUUAUCUGGAAAAUAAGUGACCAUGGGCCCCAAGAAAGCUUCUAGUUCCAACCCUACAGCAAUAAGGGUGAGAAUUCCAAUAGAGAUGAAGAAAGAGAUCAUUGAUAAGUAUGAAAGUGGAGUGCGUGUCGCCGACCUGGUCAGGUUGUACAAGAAACCCAAAUCAACCAUCUCUACUAUUGUGGGCAACAGAAAGGCAAUCAAGGAAGCUGUUCUUGCCAAAGGUUUAACUGUGUUUUCGAAACAGAGAUCGCAAGUGAUGGAAGAUGUUGAGAGACUCUUAUUGGUGUGGAUAAAUGAAAAACAGCUAGCAGGAGAUAGCGUCUCUCAAGCGAUCAUAAGCGAAAAGGCUAGGAAGUUGCAUGAGGAUUUAAUUAAAAAAAUGCUUGCAACUAGUGAUGAUGUGAGUGAAUUUAAGGCCAGCAAAGGUUGGUUUGAGAGAUUUAAGAAGCGUAGUGGCAUACAUAGUGUGAUAAGGCAUGGUGAGGCUGCCAGUUCGGACCACAAAGCAGCUGAAAAAUAUGUGCAGGAAUUCAGGAGUACAUAGAAACUGAAGGACUGAAACCUGAACAAGUGUUUAAUUGUGAUGAAACAGGCCUGUUUUGGAAGAAAAUGCCAAGCAGGACCUACAUUACUCAGGAGGAAAAGGCACUCCCAGGACAUAAGCCUAUGAAAGACAGGCUUACUUUGUUGAUGUGUUCCAAUGCUACUGGUGAUUGCAAAGUGAAGCCUUUAUUAGUGUAUCACUCUGAAACUCCCAGACUGUUCAGGCAAAAGAAUGUCCUCAAGGAGAAUUUGUGUGUGCUGUGGAGGGCAAACAGUAAGGCAUGGG